AUGUUCGGUUUCGGCGACGCCAAGGAAAACUACGACCAGCUCCAGGAGGGCCGCCACGAGUCCAAGUUCUCUCACGAGCUGCUCGCCGGUGGUGCCUCCUUUGCCGCCUUCAAGGCCUUUGAGGACCACCAGCGCUCCGAGGGCAAGCCCGUCUCGCACGCGUUCGCCAAGGAGCUCCUCGCGGGCUUCGCCGGCGCCGAGGUCGACAAGCUCAUGGAGACCAAGGGCGCCGACUGGAUCGACCGCGAGCGCGCCCAGCACGAGGCCAAGCAGCGCGCCGAGCAAAUGUACGACCAGCACUACGGCGGCCAGGACGAGUACAACCCGGACUACCAGGCGCCCGAGCACUUCCGCUACUAA